GCUCUCUGUUGGCUGUUACCAUGACUACCGAGAUCUUCUCCAAACCAAUGAGAGCCCUUCACUUCUGCCGACCCAAAACAAGUGCGUUGAGAAGGGGGUCGGCAUGUCUCAUCAUUGAUCCGCGUUUUCAAUCUCUCGAGUCAGGAAAGCGCGUCUGAACUGAGAAUAUUGCGUCCUGGCGGCCGUAGCGCUCGUCGAGAGGGACGAUAAUAAUCGACGAGGAGCCGCGCGAGGGAACCGGCGCGAGAAUGGAUUCGUGUUUUUGAUGCAAACGCACGUGCGAGCCCUCACUUGACGGGAUAAUAAUCUGUGAGGGAAUACAAACCGCGUUUGCUCACCCUUCUGGAUUGCGAAACGCAUGGGAGAAACCAGCUGCAGUCUGGGACUUUAACCCUGAAACGCAGCGGAUCCUCUGGGCUAAAGAGAGAAGUGUGGACGUGGAGCCUGCUGCCUGUCAGCUCGGACCCAGCACCUUUCAGUCCUAAUGCCUGGACUGUGUGACAUCAAGACACCGCAAGAAGCAGAGAUCUUCAACAUGAACACAGACAGUGGAGGACAUGUCCGCAAAAGUGCCACGCUUUCACUCACUCUAACCCCCAUGAAGAGAAUCCAGAGCUCACCAAACCUAUACACGUUCACAGACUCUGAAGCACAGUCUAAAGAUUCGGAUUUGUGGAGGCCGGGCAGCAGCACCAGUGAUGGUCUGAGAAACGGUGACGUGUGCUCUUCUUCUCUGGCAGCUAAAGGCUACAGAAGUGUCAGGCCCAACUUUCAGGAUAAAAAGUCUCCCACACCACCUUCAUCUAGAGAGCUGGAGAGACAGGUAGCUUCUCUCUCCAUCCGCAUUAACCCAAGGCCUCAGAUAUCAGGACGGCGCACACAGACACUGUUUUUGAGACCCCCUACCCCUCCUAAAAGGAUGGAUCCUCCGGCUAGCCGUCCUCCACUGCCAUCUGCAGCCCCUCCAGUGCCUGAGGUGCCAGUCCUUCUCAAACAAACCUAUCCCGGAACAGCACUGACCUCACAGUCACCACCUAACUGGCUCAGACUCUCCCUCGAUUUCAUCAGACCUGACCUUCAACCCGAGAGCCCUUCUCCAGGCCCUCCCUCUCCGUGCUCGGAGCCUCCGCCGGGGCAGAGCCGCUGCUCUUCACGCACUCAGAGCGAAGCGUCCACAGCGGUGCUGGAGGAGCUGAGGGUGUGCGCACUAGGCCCAGAGGGUGGCUCUCGUACCCCUUCUCCAACCCUAAGCCUGAUGAGUGCAGUCACAGUCAACUCCCCUCCAGCUAGCACCGCUCAUGGCCAGAUGACUGUGAACGGGGGACUGAGUGUUCCAGCAAGUCCUCGUAGUCACUUCCAAAGACCCUUCUCUCCCUCAACAUACCCCCCUCCUCCUUCACUGAGCCCUAGUAUUACAGCCAUGCAGCAGGCUAGAAGCACUGCCUCUGAGUCCAGCACUCCCAUCUACGCCAACGUGGAUCUUCCUGCACGAGCGCCACAGACUGACAGGAAAGAAACAUCAGGGAAAGCUCCGCUCUAUACUGGCAUCGGUCCUGUGGAUGAGUCCGGGAUUCCCGUUGCCAUACGGACAACUGUCGACAGGCCAAAAGAUUGGUACAAGACCAUGUUCAAACAGAUUCAUGUGGUGCCUAAACCAGAUAAUGAGUGGUCUGGGCCCCGUACUGCCACAGAUCCUGUUACAAGUACUGGCACAACUAUUUCCAGACAAGAUAAGCAUGCUGCACCUAAUGCUGUUCAGGCCCAUCCUGCACCUAAAACCAGCACCUAUCGGCCCAUCACCAAGAGUGUCUCUGAUAAUGGAAUAUACGGCUUCAGGGUGCCUGCCUCCGCUUCCCUUCCUUCUCCAAUGCCCUCAUCAGCAUCCACACAGCAGAGAGCCAGCGAAAGAGAGGCAACACAGCGAGGCAGGAGCACACCUGACAUGAAUGAGUGGGGGCCUCCUGACAGAAAGGUGGACACGCGGAAAUACAGAGCUGAGCCGAGGAGCAUCUUUGACUACGAGCCGGGGAAGUCGUCUAUUUUAGAGCAAGAGAGAGCAACAAGUAACUUAACGCCAGAGGACAUAGAUUUAGAGAAUGAGCCGUGGUAUAAGUUCUUUGCUGAACUGGAGUUUGGGCGGCCGCCUCCAAAAAAACGUCUCGAUUACAAUCCAGAGAGCUCUCCUCGAUUCCGAGCGGAGACCUCCCUUUAUCAGCCAUCCAUAGAGAGGAGCCUUGACAGGCUCUCAAGCUCUGCCAGUGAUAACAAGAGACGAAAAUCUGAACCUGCAGCCACUCAACCCAGGGCUCAGAGCAGUGUGGGCACAACACAAACGUCUGUCAGACCACUGGAGCUGCCCAGAGGCAGCAGCACCCAGAGGAAUCCCCUUUCCAGUCCCAGUUCCCCCGCCGCCACCAGGACUAAAGGUGGGGAUGUGAGCAAUAUGCACACAGCACAUUUAAAUUGUCAAAGUCCAAACCAUGCUACCUCAGAAUCAACAUAUGAAAUGAAAGGGCAAAAUGAGGACAGUUUAGCUGUCCCAGGUGUCUCAGAAGGCUUCUCCAGCCUCCCAGAAGGCUGGAAAACAGUUCAAGAGAACCCAGAAGACUGGAUUAUCUCAGAGGAGACCACGUCUAAGCUCAAAUCCUGGAGUUGUGAUGACCUUCUCUCUGAGGGCAGGGGAAAAGAAGUGCAGACCCGUUCUGAAAGUACCGGCUCCUUAUUGCACAACGGAGAACAAGACGCAGCACAAUGCAUUGGUGCCCAAGAGCCUGAGGAUCCUAGGGAGAGGACAAGGCACCGCUCAGCCCACGAUGCACCAGGCUUUCUCAAACUCUAUAAAAAAAUGCAUCACAUCAACCGACAAGAGCUGAUAAACUCUACGGUGAUAUGCUCCGUCAAAGCCAGGAUCCAUAAAUAUGAGAGCGAACAGCGGAAGGACAGACGCACUGGCAAUAAGGGCUGUAACGAAGAGGUGCCUCGGGACAUGGUGCACAAUAGGAUUUCUGAAUUCGAGAGUAUGAUCCAGAAAUCCAAAUCCAUGCCAAAUCUUGGGGACGAGUGCCUGAUCAGGAGUUCUUGUAGGAGGGCCAGCAGUCCCAAGCGUAGCCUUUCUAUUGAGUCAUUACUGGAUGAAGAACCACCAGCCAGAAAUCCUCCUGAAGGACGGCCUCAAUACCCCAAGAUAAACACCCAUGUGCCAAUCCACAUUCAAGUCACCAGUGACCAAUUACAAAACUCUACCAUGCAACACGACUACUCAGACAGCGAGCACGAUGCUGUAGUGUCUGACCUCAGCGACUUCAUCCAGAUUGAGGGAUCAUCUUUCUGUAGCGAGAGGGAGUUUGACGUGUGUUCAUUUGCCUCCUCCGAGAGCUUCUGCGGAUCCGGGCACCACCAUCAUUAUCACAGGCAGCUUGUGAGCUCCUGUAAAGGCCGCUGCCCAGCUUCCUACACGCGUUUCACCACUAUGAUCAAGCACGAGAGGGCCAAACAGGACCGGAGGCAACAUUUGCGAGUGGAAGAGUCUGAGUUCGGUCUCAGCAAACUCGCUUUCCUGGUCAGCCCAGUGCCUUUCCGCCGGAAGAACCUGUCACCUUUGAGUAGUUCCCGAGUGCCAAACUCUAAGAACUGUGUGUAUGAGGCUCUAGAUUCUGCGCUAAAAGACAUCUACGACCACAUUCGCGCCGAGAAGCACAGGGGUAACCUGCCAGACAACAGCAUCCUUCAUAGGUUGCUGGUGGAGUUGCUUCCUGACAUUCCUGAGAGGAAUUCGUCUCUACACGCUUUGGAGAGAAACAGCCCAAUAAUUCAGCAUCGCUCUUACCACUCACAGCCUGAUGGCAUGCCCAGCCAGGACAAUCACCAAUACGAGUACUCACGCCUGUCCCACAGUGCCUCUCAGAACCACAUAGACAGCAACAACAACCAGAGGGAACACAACUUUGAAUACUUCUAUCAAGAUCAGGACACACCCCGAGAAUACUCCUACCCUGAUGUGGGCCGCCACACACCACAGAGCAGGAGACAAACCCCAGAUGUCAAAGAGAAACUGCCAGCCAGAGCAAUAUAUGACUUCAAAGCACAGACAGCAAAAGAGCUGACGUUUAAGAAAGGAGAGACGGUGUACAUCACUCGGCAGGUAGAUAAUAACUGGUAUGAAGGAGAACACCGUGGACAUGUGGGCAUCUUCCCCAUCUCAUAUGUGGAGAAAAUCCCUUCUACAGAGAGACAUCAGCCAGCUAGACCUCCUCCACCAGCCCAAAGCAAAGAAAUUGGGGAAGCAAUUGCCCGAUACAACUUUAAUGCUGAUACUAAUGUGGAACUUUCAUUAAGAAAAGGGGAGCGUGUUGUUCUGUUGCGGCAGGUGGAUAAAAACUGGUUUGAGGGUAAAAUCCCAGGUACGAACAAACAAGGGAUUUUUCCUGUGUCGUAUGUGGAUGUUGUUAAGAAGACUUCAGUACAAAAUACCGGUCAACCUCCUGGGCCCAGUAUACCCACCAGCUACUCCAGUGACAGGCUAAACAGUAGGCCAUCAUCUGCUCGUACCCUCUACAACUCUCCAUCUCCAUCCGUCCGUCCACUCUCCUCUUCCUCUCCCAGUCCACAGAGAGCCGCACACCUUCAGGCCAUCACCAGCGAGUGGUUGGCUCUCACUCUGGGUCUGUCUCCUUCAGGGACCCCUGCCCCCACACCUCCUCCCUUCCCUUCCAAUUUCCAGCCAUACUAUGAAGUGUUGGAUUCUGCCAUCUCCCCUUCUCCCGCCUCCUCCAUGCUGGGCCGCUCUCCAGCACUCACUCCCCGCACCUCCACUCCUGCGCUCAAAGAGGGUCACUUCAUUCCCAUCACAUCUCCAAAGUCCUACAUGUCCCCCGAUCCCAGCCCGUCACCUCAACCUUACCUCACCUCCGCCUCCUUCACUCCUUCGCCCACCUCACCCAUAUUUGACUCCAGCCCCAGGUCUAGCAGUGUCAUAGAGAUCCUCUCCAACCAAAAAGCAGAUUUAGCAGAGAAAGAACUGCAGUUGUUCUCAGAUCGCAAAGACUCCUACAAACCAGUCAUGACAGACCCCCCUAAAUUGCGCAGCCCUAUUGACUUGGUUGUUUUAGAGGCAUAUGAAUCCCCGCUGGACAUUUUAGCACCUAAAGACCCAGAGGAUGAUCUGUGUGAGGAGUUAGUGUCAAUCAUUAAGGCCAGCCAAUCAAAAGGCACGUUCAAAGAAGAGGAGGGAUUUUAUCGCCAGGAACCAGAUAUAAUGGAAAAGCUACCCAGACUGUUUAUAGAAGAGGAGAUGAAUGAAGAUAACAGCUUCUUAAAUGAAUCCCUGACAUCAAAUACAUUUACUCCAGUUCAACCUGCCCAUAGUGAGGGGUCAGAUAUUGAGCAGGGUGAAGUUUCCCAGAAUGCCUCUCCACGUCUCUCUCCCCUGUCCUCACAGAUGUCAUUGCCUUUCACACUGUCUUCAUCAUCUAAAUACUCUCCCCCUUCCCCGCGCUCCACCCCGCCUCUGCCCGGGGUAUCCCAGUCGCCCCCUCCCUCUGCAAAACUCUUCUCUCGACAAGACCUCCGCUACACAAAGGUCAAGCCUGUGUUAAGGCGUGAUGUUGUGGUUGUUGGUAAGCCCCCUCGUAGCCCUGUGAUGUCUAGGAGGUCCUGCGGAUCGCCUGUUAGAGGUCAAAACUUUUCGCCAUCUCAUAGGUCCCAAAGACAAGCAUAUGUUCAUGAUCCGCUUCAAGGUGCAGGGGAACCAUUUCAAGCCCUGUAUAACUACAUGCCACGAAAUGAAGAUGAGCUGGAACUGAAGGAAGGAGAUGUAGUUGACGUCAUGGAGAAGUGUGAUGAUGGAUGGUUUGUGGGAACGUCCAGGAGAACCAAGUUUUUUGGAACCUUUCCUGGGAACUACGUGAAACGGCUGUAAAUGGACUUCUCCUGUCUACAUCUAUUGUAGAGAUACGGACAGCGUCAUUUACAGCUACCUGCUGGAACUAGCAUGUUCCAGUCACCAACCUGCUUGGACUGAUGAAAAGUGAUGAAACUGAUGAAAAGCAAAUGGCCUUCGAGGGGUGAUCGCACCAUGUAUGUCAUUUGGUUCAAAUACGCUGAUAAUUAAAUCCUGAAAGCAUUACAUUAAUUAGGAACUGAAGUAAAAGCUUUAAAAAAUUUGGUUGCCUACAUUUUUUCUCAUAGUUGAAAAUAAUCAGUUCGCUUGCCUUCUAGUUAAGCUGAUGAAUUUCAACAUAAUGAGUAACCAAGUGCCCUAUUUAUUUGUAAGUUAUUAAGAGGCACGUUUUCUUUCGUUGGAAGGAUGAAACACAGUAGGUGAGGAAUGGCGGUGCCCUUGUACACUGGACCUGAUGUCUGAUCUGAUCUAGACUGUAUAGACUGAACAGUAUUGCGGUGUCAUGUUUGUGUCAGGCAGUGGAAAAUACAGAUGACCAUUCCUGCCAACAUGUAUCUUUUCAGUAUGUUAUUAACCUUCUGGUUCAGGAGAAUGACCUUCGGUUUUCUAGGGCUCUACGUUCUUCCUCCAGACAUUCCUUUUGAAGGAUUUUACAGUUAAGAGAAAAAUAUUUUUGAUAUUUUUCCAUCUAAAGAGAUAACGUUUUUGAGAAUGCAAUAUCCCUAACACAAAGCAUUUUGGCAAAACGGGCAUGUUAACCAUAGCGAACGGACUCAAUAUUAACGUCUCUACUGCCUAUAAUUAUUAAUAAGUUGGGUAACCUUGCACAUCACUUUUGGUUUACACACUGUAAUCUAUUUAUGGCCAAUAAGAGGAGCACAUGAUGUCACAGUAACUAAACUGCAAUUGGCAGCCGUGUAUUUUGUAUAUGUCGCCUUCCGAUUGGUUCAAUUUGAGUGAGGAAAUGUACGUAAAAAAAUAUAUUUUUGUUUAUUUGAUCAUUCAGCAAAUGUUUUUCAUUAUGAUAUACUUAAUAUAUUGUGAAAAUGUUCACUUUCUAUGUCUAUGAACUGUUCAGCGCGGUGAUUACACUCUCGUAUUCAAAUGUUCAAUUUCAAAUAUGCAGCGUUUCAAUCUUCCAGCGAGACUGUAUGACUAACAGUUUUAUUCCAGUCAGUAAAGCAAGAAAUGUAAAUGUGUCAGUCAGUAGAAACAUGAACCAAUAAUAUAUGUAAUUUAGGCAAUAUUAUACCUCAUGGAAUUAUGCAGUCUCUGUGUCUGUCAAUGUGCUUAAUGUACCAAGUAAAAACCUGCGCAUGUUGUUUCAUAAAGAAUUGCUCAUCAGUGCACACGUCUUAUUGUACCGGUAUGAGAAUUCAUCUGGCUCUGUGAACCGUCAAGGCAACCGAAGAUCUUCACUGUGGUUCAGUUAAAGACUUGGCAGACCGUCUUCCGUAGUGAAGUACUGUGCCGUUCCUGGUGCCUAAUUUUACCACAUGUAAUGUAUGUGAUGACGUGGCUAUUUGUAAUAUUUAAUAACGCACGAUUCAGGAACAAAUGUUUAUUAAGUACACGACACUGUGAUAUGUUCAGUAAAUUAAACCUAUCUGCCACUGACUGAA